UUGUGAGAAAUUCCAUUCUCAAAAUCUAUCGAUUUAGUGUUCCAAAAGAUGAGAUGGUAUGGUUAGUUAGCAACAACUCACAUUUGUACACUCUUAUAGUUAAACAACCUACAUUGAUUGUCAAUUAUAUAAUGGCCAUGGUUCCAUGUGUAAUUUCUUCUACGUAUCAUUUGAUUGCUCUCCACUGUUUAUCAUAUUAUUUAUCUUAACAAAGGACCAGAUAUUUUGGGAAGACUUCACAUGUUUGGACAUUUCUCAGUGCAUGCUAAACAAAACUAUUGUACAUGUGGCUGCCAAAUACCUAGAAUCAGACAUAUCCGGAUGUCUUGGACUAUUUCUUGCCCUAGGGACCAAGGCAAGCAUAUGGUGUGGAAAGCAUUUGAAGAUGACACUUAUGUCAACCGAUGAAUCUCAGGAAGAAGAACAUUGUAACCUCUUUUUUCAGUUGCUUUUGGAUUUGUUGAGCUACUCUGCUGCUAGUUUUUCGGCUCUAGCAAGAUAUCCUCUUCAAGUUGACAAGGAGUUGAUGGUUAUUGUUGAGAACUUCACUAUCGAACAGUUAAAUCUGACUAAGGAUUCAAUAUUGGUGAUUAAGGUAUUAAAUAUUUGCAUUUAUUAUUUCUGUGCCCGUUCAUGGUAGAGAAAAUUUUGUUUAAGAGAGU